GUGCGUGAUGACGUCGACGCGGCGACGUCGAGCUCUUCCUCCUUUUCACGGCGUCUUGCAUUACUAUUGUCCGGCUGCAGGAGGUGUCGAGCGGCGUUAUUUUUUUUUGCGGUUUGCCUUUUUUUUUUUUUUUGGAACCGCGGUUGUUUAAAAGCCUGAGGGAACCUGGAGAGGGGCUCCCACUCCCUACCCUCUUUCCUCCGAGUUUGUGACUCCGAGAUGGACAAAGUGUGUGCUGUUUUUGGAGGCUCCCGAGGCAUUGGCAGGGCUGUGGCCCAGUUAAUGGCCCGGAAAGGCUACCGACUGGCGGUCAUUGCCAGAAACCUGGAAGGGGCCAAAGCCGCCGCCGGUGACCUCGGCGGAGAUCAUUUGGCAUUUAGCUGUGAUGUUGCUAAAGAACAUGAUGUUCAAAAUACAUUUGAAGAGAUGGAGAAACAUUUAGGUCGAGUAAAUUUCUUGGUAAAUGCAGCUGGUAUUAACAGGGAUGGUCUUUUAGUAAGAACAAAAACUGAAGAUAUGGUAUCUCAGCUUCAUACUAACCUCUUGGGUUCCAUGCUGACCUGUAAAGCUGCCAUGAGGACUAUGAUUCAACAACAGGGAGGGUCUGUUGUUAAUGUAGGAAGCAUUGUUGGCUUAAAAGGCAACUCUGGCCAGUCCGUUUACAGUGCCAGUAAAGGAGGAUUAGUUGGAUUUUCACGUGCUCUUGCUAAAGAGGUAGCAAGAAAGAAAAUUAGAGUGAAUGUAGUUGCACCAGUGACAAUACUUGUAUGGAGUUUAUUUUGCACAUUUGCAAGUAUAUGAGUGUAAUCUUGGGACUGGAACUGCAAAGGCUUCAGAGGAUUUGUACACACAGAUAUGACGAAAGACUUGAAAGAAGAACAUUUAAAGAAAAAUAUUCCUCUUGGGAGGUUUGGAGAAACUAUUGAGGUGGCACAUGCGGUUGUGUUUCUUUUAGAAUCACCGUAUAUUACAGGGCAUGUUCUGGUAGUGGAUGGGGGAUUACAACUCAUUUUGUAAUUUGUAGAUUAUUCAGUUAUAGGGGUGAUUAGCAUCAAGGGCACACUUUGGCUACUGAUUAGACAAUUAUACCUACAUGGGUAACAUUUGCUAAUCAAACCUGCUGAUGCUACAAAUGUUAAUUUCUGUCUUUAUAAAAAUAUGUCUGAAAAGAACAAUGUGUGACAGAUUGUGGUUUUUUUUUUUGGUCUAAGUUACAUCAGUGUUGUUUUGUUUAAAAAGCCUUCAUGAGAUACAAUUCACAUACCAUAUAAUCACACAUUUAAAAUACACAAUUCAGUGGUUUUAACAUAUUUAAAUACAUGUGCAAUCAUCCCCCCAGACAAAUUGUGUUUUCUAAAGGAUGUGUAUCACUUACCUUUGGUUACCUCAUAGACUGUAGCAAUCUUAGUGUAUAGACAUUUUGCAAGUCAUAUAAACAAGUAUUGAUUUAUGUAUUUUGUCUCAAAAGUGGAAAAAUUAUAUUGUCUAAUUAUGAUGAAUUAUUUUCUUGUAUCAAGCUGAAUUUUCUAAAAGUUAACCUUGUGGUCUGUUGCCAAAAUAAGAGUAUUUAGAGGACACUGAUUAGUUGUCAAUACUUUAGCAAGCCCACUAAAGAUAACUAUAUUCCUUUUGCAUGUGCUUGGGUGAUCAGUUUUUAUACAGGUUGCAAAACAUAGUAUUCAUUAAAGACAUGAAUUUAGAAUUGAUUUCUUUGAGUGGUAUUUCUCUUGAUUGAGCAGCUAGACAAAAUAAUCUGCAAAUUUAAAUGUGGCGCAUUUGACUCAUUCUUGAGAAAUUCUCAUAAGUGAAGAGGAUUAGCCCUUAAGGUUUUAAUACCUGGUACAGUAGUGAACCGCACAGAUUUCAUGAACUUAGGACGUGUUUUUUAUUCAUGAAAAACUUAGAAUAGUGAACUAUUAAUAUUUAAAAACGAGAAAUACAACAUUUAAAAAAUUGAGUAUUUUGCAUUAGUGAUUAUGAUUCUUAUCCCAGAAUUCUAGAAAGUAAUAAAUUCUGUAUGAAUAAGCAUAAAAAAUAAAUAAAUAUGCAAUAACAUUAAAUUAAAUGUCUUUACAAGAAGCAGUGAAGGCACUGGUCUUAAGUGAGAAUAUUUGCCUGGGAGUAGAGAUAAAGACACAAACCGAAUGUAAAAUACCAGGUAAUAAUUAUUUUGCAUUAAACUCUUUUUAUGGGGAAUAGUAUGAUAUUUUCAAUGUCACUCCAUUCAUGUUGAUUUGGAGCUGACAGUUACUUUGUGUAAGCAGAGAUUUAAUUUUAUAUUGAAAGUCAGUGCAAAAUUAUGAAUAGGAUAUACUAAUAAAUACAAAGUAAUAACAAAAGUCAAAGCAGUGUUCUAAAUAAAAAUUCUGGGUUCCUUAAACAUUAUUUUAAAUUUAUCUUUGAAAUAGUUUUCUUAGAUUAAUCUCAGGAUAUGAGAAAGUCAAUUAAGUGUGAGUAAAGUUAGUAUCAUUAAACAAAUUGUCUAUUAAAUGCAAGACGUGGUAAUAUACAGAAUUUAUCAGGCAUUACCAAGUCUAGGCACAUAUAGGAAAUGCAGCACUCAGAAUGGUUUCAAUGUAGUAGUUGAUGCUUGUAAGGUAGGGGAGCUUAUUCAGACAUAGUAGAUAGUUUCUCUAAUGCUGUCUCAAUUGCGGGCCUUUGGCUACCUGUACUUCCCCAUUAUGGCAGCCCAUUCAGUCUUGAGUUUUCUUCUCUGGACACCUUAUGCUCUGAAAUCAUGAGCGAGGCUGAUUCAAUUGGUGAUUUGGGUAGAAAGCAGUAUGUUUUGCUGACAUUAAGAUGUAGGUUAUAGAUAGGUUUAGCCUUUAAGUGUAUGUUUUUAUACUUUAAAAUAAGAAAUAUAACCUUUUAAGCUAUUCCACCUCCUCCCCCAGCCUAUCUCAAACUGGUGGAAUAUAUGGAGAGAUCUUGAAAGAGGUAAAAUAAACCUUCACUGCUCCACUCCAGGUGAAUCCGCCCACUCCCACUGACCUAGUAGAAUUUGUAAUUUAAUACUUACCUUCUAUUUCUGAAAUCAGUUGUGAACUGUUGCCUUAUGUUCAGAGGUUUAAGAACCUCAGUGAAUUCAUUUUUUAAAAUCUGCUAUUCUGAGAAGCAUUGAAUGAAUUCUUAACAAGAAGACUCAUCUGUAGCUGUUUGCUGACUCCUAUGAGCCCAUAAGGGUUCUGUGCUUAGCAUUAACAAAAUAAGGUUUAUAGGUAAAGCCAAUGUAUUAAUUUUUUUUUGUAUGGAGGGCUUUAAAAUUUGUGCUCUUUUUCAUAUUUUAUUCAUAUUCAAUUUAUGGUUUAUAACUGCUUUUUAGGGAGAUAAUUAUAUGUUAUAAAUUAGUUUUGGGGGGAAUAAUUGUGCAAAGAGGAUAAUUUAAUUUACGUGCUUCUGUUAUUCAGAAUAAAGAGAGAAGACUACGCUGCAUAUUCAAGAGUUGUGCCUUAACAUUGGUGAAACAUUUUUUCUAAGAUUUUCAAAAGGAAUAUGUGUAAAUUGAGAAAUCAUAACCACUGUCCUAACUUGGUAAACAAACUGUUCUUAAAUAAAGUAUUUAAUUAUUUUAAA